AUGCACUUCGCAUACCCCCCUCGCAAGAACUCCAACCCACCACCUUUCAAGCAGCGCUCGUCGCAAAUACCGCCAAUUCUGCGCCGGAUCCGCAAAAGAACAGCGCUUUUACUUCUCCUCGGAGCUAUUGGAUUUAUAUUUUUCCUCUUUGGACUAAAAGGCGAAACGCCGUACCGCGAGCAUGUUCCGUCAGGCAAUCCCCCCGCUGUCGUUGUGACUGUCUUGGACACUACACAGUACAACGAAGCCUAUUUAGAAUCGAUUCGACACAACCGAGAGCAAUAUGCGUCAAGAAACGGAUAUGAAGCCAUGAUUGUACGAGUAUCUGACUAUGAUACUGGCAAAUCCCCACGAUCAUGGGCCAAGAUUAUCGCGAUGCGCCAUGCGCUGUCAAAAUACCCCGAUGCCACUUAUGUCUGGUACCUCGAUCAGAACGCUUACAUUAUGGAGCUCGACAAGAAGCUAGAGGAGCAGGUGGUGAAUCCGGCGAAACUAGAAAGCCUAAUGAUUAAGGACUGGUCUAUAGUGCCGCCGGACAGCAUCAUCAAGACAUUCUCUCACCUCAAGGGUGAAGAUGCAGGCCUUGUCAUCAGCCAAGACGAAGUAGGGCUGGUAACUAACAGUUACAUCCUCAAGAAUGGCGAAUGGGCCAAGUUCUUUAUCGAGACAUGGAUGGACCCUCUGUAUCAGAGCUACAACUUCCAAAAAGCCGAGCGACAUGCGCUUGAACAUAUUGUCCAAUGGCACCCUACCAUUCUCUCCAAGCUUGCGCUCAUCCCCCAGCGCACGUUUGCCUCUUACGGCCGCAACAAGGAAGGCAAUGCGUACCGUGACGGGGACUUUGUCACCCUCUUGGUCGACUGCACAGUUACAGGCCCGACAUCAUGUGACAAGCAAUCGCAUUUCUACCUACAACAGCUGAAGAACAAGUUUGGCGAUGCCAGCGUGAAGAAGCUGCAAUGA